AUGCCAUUCGGAUUAGAGUAUACAACGGACCCAACAUUUACGUAUUGCCCUGGGAAUCUUGGAAACAAAUACACAACUGGUACAUCCCGCUCAGUAAGCUGGGGCACACCGACAGCUACAGAUAACAGUGGAUCUGUAACCGUCUCAAGAGUAUCUGGCCAAAGCUCUGGGUCUUCAUUCUUUGUUUCCAGCAACCAAUACACCAUUCAGUACAGAGCAAGUGACAGUGCUGGAAAUUCUGCUAAUUGUUACAUAACCUUCAUGGUUAUUGGUGUCCGUUGCAGUACUUUGUCAGCCCCUUCUCAUGGUAGUGUGGGGUGCACCAACACCAACUUCAUUUCAUCUGUCUGCACCAUCUCCUGUGACCUGGGCUAUCAUGUUGUUGGCUCUAAGAUUAGAACAUGCACACAAUCGGGGAACACUGGAUACUGGGAUGGCUCAACAACGACUUGCUCACGUAAGAUUUGUGCGUGUGUGUGUGUGUUUAAGUAG